CGGAACACACUCUGGCCCAGAUCCCGUAGUUUUUCUCGCUUGAUCGUUUGUACUGAUCAAAGAUGGCGUCCCAAGUAGCAAAGAAUGCUGGGCUUGCGACCCGGUUUCUGAACGCUUUCCGAGCCUGGUACGUUAAUGCUUCUGGUUACAGACAGCUUGGUCUGAAGGCUGAUGAUCUUCUUGAUGAAGACAUAACAGAAGUUUCUGAGGCUGUUUCACGGUUAGAUGACAAUGAAAAGUAUGAAAGAAUUUUUAGAAUGAAAAGAGCAAUGGAUCUUUCAUUGAAACACAAUAUCCUUCCCAAAGAUCAAUGGACAAAACCAGAAGAGGAUGUCCACUAUUUAAUACCAUUGGUGGAGAUGGUAAAGAUGGAAAUGGCUGAAAAGAAAAAGUUGGACCAGAUGUAGAUUAGGCCAUGCAGCCAUAGAAUUUAAAAACAAUUUAGACGGUGUUUAAAUGUAUGAAUUAUCCUUGUAUGUUUUUCCUAUUGCCCUUUGUGUGCUUCUAGAUAUCUCAGUUGUCCACUGUUCAUUUCAGAGUUAAUUUUUUUGCAAUGUUUCGUAAUGAGAGAUCAUGGAAAGGAGAAAGGUAUCUUA